CACACGUGGUAACGGCUCAUGAGGCAGAUUUAACCGCAAACAGCAGCGCCUGACCAUCUGCGCUCACACACCCGGGGAGGCCCACCAUGCUGCUCCUGGUCCACGUCGUCCUCACCCUGUGGGUCUCCUGGGCUCAUGGACAAGGAAGAACUUGUGAUUUUCCAGAAAUAAAACAUGGAAACAUAUAUGAGGAGAACACAUAUAAGCCAACCUUCCCAGUCGCUAGGGGGAAAUACUUCUACUACUCCUGUGACCACAGCUUCGUGUCUCCUUCCGGGUCACUCUGGACUCAGAUAAACUGCACGGAGGGUGGAUGGUCACCCGCCCCGAGGUGUAUCCGACAGUGCUUCUUCCCCUGGGUGGAGAACGGGCAUUCCACCUCUUCAGGGCAGACGCACCAGGAAGGGGACAGCGUGCAGAUCGUCUGUGACCAGGGCCACCGCCUCGCCAACAACCAGGAUGUCAUCGUGUGUACCGAGCGCGGCUGGUCCACACGCCCUACGUGCAGCCGCAUCAAUUCUGCAGAAGAAUGUGGGCGCCCUCCCGCUAUUGACAAUGGAGACAUUACCUCGUAUCCAUCAGCAGUCUACGCUCCCGGGUCCUCAGUGGAGUAUCAGUGCCAGGCCUUCUAUGUGCUUGCAGGAAACAGGAGAAUAACGUGCCGCAAUGGAGAGUGGUCUGAGCCACCCAAAUGCUUGGAUGCAUGUGUGAUAUCACCAGAAGUCCUGGAAGAACAUAAGAUAGAGUUUCAAUGGUCAUAUGCGAAAAAGCUUUAUUCUGAAACAAACGAUUACACUGAAUUUAGGUGUCGACGUGGCUAUUAUCCCAAGUCACCAAGAUCUGCAUUCCGAGUACAAUGUCGAGAAGGGAAAAUGGACUUUCCCACUUGUUGGUAAAAUGAGAGCUACGCGGCAGUUUUCACAU